GGCGGGGCUGCAGCGGGCCGGGCUGGAGCCGCAGCGCCAAGGGCUCGGCCAUGGGCGAUUUCCAGAUCUCGGUGGAGGAGCUGAACGAGCUCCUAUCUAACGGGAGCGGCUGCUACAGCCUGCCCAGCGCGCACAGCAACGAGGUGGUGCCGCGCAUCCACGUGGGGAACGCGUUCAUAGCCAAGAACAUAACGAGGCUGCAGCAUCUGGGGAUAAGCCAUGUUCUGAAUGCAGCAGAGGGGAAAUCAUUCAUGCAUGUGAACACUAAUGCAGAGUUCUAUGAAGGCUCAGGCAUCAGAUACCAUGGCAUUAAAGCUAAUGAUACACAGGAAUUUAACCUCAGUCGCUACUUUGAGGAGGCAGCUGAUUUUAUUGACAAAGCCCUUUCCCAGAAGGAUGGCCAGGUGCUGGUGCACUGCCGGGAGGGCUACAGCCGCUCGCCCACGCUGGUCAUCGCCUACCUGAUGCUGCGGCGGGGCAUGGACGUGCGCAGCGCUCUCUGCGCCGUGCGCCAGCAGCGCGAGAUCGGCCCCAACGACGGCUUCCUCAGGCAGCUCUGCCAGCUCAACGAGCGCCUGCUGAAGGAGGGCAAGGUCAAACCCUAGAGCACAGCACCGCAGUGGUUUUGUUUUCAGUUUCUCAGAGCUUUAGAGGAUGGGUUAGGCGCUUUAGAGACGCGAAUUUCAACCGCCGGGCUGGAAUUGCUGCUUGUCUAGUGAAAAUAUCCGUCUGGAACUCUGUGAUGUUUUCGAGAUGGGACAAAAUUGUGUCACUGUUUGGAGCUGUUGCCAUCAAGGGAUGUUUGUAGAGGGACAACUCAGCUGUCUUCAUACACAUUUCAGAGCCCCUGCAGACUCCAUAGCAUAUGUGGUUUGCAUUGACAUUGAAUGUGAUUUGUUUAAGCUUUGUCUUUAGUUGUCUCACCAGUUCAGGAACACAUCAUCACAGAAUGAUUAUAUGCAGGUGCUUUUAUUGAAGAGCUCUGGGUGUCAGGGGCACAGACCCAAAUCUGACUCCACCAUGGCUUCAGGAUGAACAUGUUUUUACACCCUUAUUAUAUAACUACAUAUUAAUUAUUAGACUUAUAUUGUUCUGUUGUAUACAUUGAUUUCAUCCAAGCUUGGAUUCUUGUAAUUUGACGAGCCCUUAGGGUCACUGGACUGGGACUGUCCCAGUGCCACUCCCAGUGUCCCCAUUUCCCCGUUCCCAGUGCAAACUGGAGCUGGUGGUUGGGUCCCCAGUGUCCUGCAUGGGUCUGGUGCCCAGGACGAGCCCUCUGGGGACACUGGACUGGGACUGUCCCACUGUCCCCAGUGCCACUCCCAAUCCAAACAUCCAAUACAUUGAUUUCAUCCAAGCAUGGAUUUCAGUCAUUUUCAUCAAACCCUCCAACAUUGUUUCUCAUUAUUCUUGUUAGGAUUAAACAAUAAUUCUAUCCAAUUACCAAAUAAUCAUCACAUUUUACAAUUAUAUAAUUUAUCAUAUAACAAUUAUAUCUUUUAUCAUAGUCAUUAAAUGAUUAUACAGGUGCAGUUUUGCAUGAUCCAGUAAAGCCUAACAUUUUCCCAGGCCCAACCUUUCUUUCCAACUCCCCUGAAUAUCCCAUGAUUUUAGAAACAUUUUAUCCCUAUACUAUCAACCAGAGCACCAGCUCCCAAAAGCCCCAACACAUCCCUUCACUCACUCUUAAUAGGAGCACUGUAAUUUCUAAAGCUUCUUUUUCAUGCACACAGGUGCCUAAAGUUUGAAUGUAGGAGCUUCAAGGAAUGGGAAGCAUAUGUACAAAUGCACAGAUGCAUUCACUUGGAAAAGAAAGUGCAUGCAGUGUUUUGUGUGGAUUUAUGCAAUACACAGUGUGAGAGUAAAGCCAUUCAGAACCCAUGCUUGAUGCACACUGUGUUUCCAAGAAUAGUUUUUUAUCUUUUCUGUUACAAUGGACAUGAAAUAGUCUGUUAUUAAAUGCUCUUUUAUUUUUAUUUCAAAAUCAUAGUAGAAAAAAAUGUCUAGAGCAAAUGCUGAGGGAAGAACUUGAACAAGGAAGAAAUAAUAUUACUAUUUAGAAGUGUUUGUGGUGGAUGUAUAAUUUAAGUAUCCUAAUAUAAUGCCUUUCAAAGCUUGUAUGGAAUUACAGUGUCUUUAUCUCUUCUUCACUAUCACUGUUCAAUAACAGAAUAGAAUGACCUCACGUGCAGAUUCCUUCCAGCACAGGUGUGCUUACAAAGCAGUUUGCACAAGAACACUCUUGACUUCUUAGAUUGCUUGCAUGGUAUCAUGAAAUAAAAAAUGAGCAUUGUAAUGUACCACACUGUAUAGGAAAUAUUUACAUUGUAUUCAAAUAAAUGAUUACUUGAUUC